AUGCAGUCAAUCCUGGAUGCUGUCAGCGAUCCGCUGCCAUACCAUUUGCUCUCAUUUGGGGCUCUUUUGGGGACGGAAAUCUUCCAGACUUUCGUCAACACGAAAGUGUGCUAUAAAGCUCUGCCUAUGCGGGAGUUCCUCGCCCUCCAAAAGCGCCUUUUUCCAGCAUAUUUCCAGUCUCAAGUUGGGCUCCUUGUUUUGACUGCGGUCACGCGCCCUCCACACAGCCUUCUGUCCUUCUCGAAACAUGGUUGGGACACUGUUCCACUGUUUGUUGUCGCUGUUACUGGAGCGCUGAAUUGGUUUGUCUUUGGCCCACGAACCACAACAACCGCUUUCAUCCGGCGGGCACUGCAUGAGAGUGCCAUGAAUGAAGACAGCGCUAAUCCACCGGAUCAAGCGAAGAUUCAACAGGCAAACAAGGCUUUCACCCGUAACCAUGUGAUGUCCAUUCAUCUGAAUGCAAUGUCCUUGGUGGCGACGGUAUGGUAUGCCUUUUCGUUGACUUCAAGCCUUACGAAGGGCCUGUAA